AUGGAGACUUAUUCCGCCCGUCUACUUUCUUUUUACCCAAAUGCAACAGGCAGCGAGCCCGAAGAUGAGGCCGAGGCUGGCGCGUGGCCCAUCACGACUCUUCGGGGCGAGGACAUGGCCGGCGCUGGUUUCUACUUCACUGGCAGCACGAAAACCCCCGACAGCGUCACCUGCCACAGCUGCAAGCUUCAGGCCUGGAAGUGGGAGGAGAAAGAUGACCCCUUCGCGCAGCACAAGGUCGGGUCACCUAACUGCGACUACAUUGCGACGGACGAGUUCGAGGACUGCCACAGAGUGUUCCUCGCGCGGCAGGAAGCGAAGCAGAGCAUCGAGGCUCUUACCCCUCCUCCUACCCCCGCCAAGCCGCUUCGCAAGCCUCGUGGGCCGUCGAAGAAGAAGAUCGCUCUUUCGAAGAUCAUGACCGUCUGCGACGUGGCACCCUCUUACACCCAGGACCACACCGCCAUGAGCCAGCAGGGUAGCGACAGCAAGCCAAUCGAUAUCUCCAUCACUGCCGGAGACAGCAGAAUCACUAUUCAAAUUAACAACGAUGGGCUUCGUGGUGAGUUCGCGUUUGUGUUUGACAUUCCGCCCCAACAAGUACUGACAUGGGAAGCAGGUACCAAGCGUGCUCGCAUAGAGUGA